AUGGCGCCACAAGGAGUCGCAUUCCCCAUUGAGGGGGGUUGUGAUUGUGGAGAAGUGCGCUACGCUAUGAUGACAGAGCCGAUGAUUGUUCAUUGCUGUCACUGCCGAUGGUGUCAGAGAGAGACUGGAGCUUCCUUUGCGCUCAACGCCAUGAUCGAAACUGACAGGCUAAAACUCCUGAAAAAGGAGCCGGAAUGGAUCACCGUGCCGAGUGAAAGCGGCGCCGGUCAAAGCAUCGCACGUUGUCCAAGAUGCAAGAUUGCUGUUUGGAGUGUUUACCUCAACAACACAACCAAUGUGAAGGAGCGUAUCCGCAUUGUUCGUGUGGGCACCUUGGACAAUCCCGACGUGCUCCCGCCAAAUGCCCACAUCUGGGCCUCUGAGAAGCAGCCGUGGAUCAUCCUCUCGGACAAAGUCCCCGUAUACCAAGACGAAAGGUAUAACGAUGAAGAUGUGUGGUCAAAGGAGAGCCUUGAAAGGAGACGGGGGGCAGAAGCAAGCGAGGGUGCUACCCAAUAG